UUUCUACAAUUAAUGGAGGAUAUCACCACCGGCAACCACAAUAAUGGCGGAUCACGGCCGGAAAGACAUGUUGCAGUUUUUGCAUUCCCUUUCUCCUCACACCCUCCUCUCCUCCUCACCCUAGUCCGUAGACUAGCCUCCGCCUCUCCUACGGUGGUUUUCUCCUUCUUCAACACUCCCGAUUCUAACCGCUCUUUGUUCUCCGAUUUCAGCUGCCACAACAUAAAGCCUUUUGAUAUAUCGGACGGCAUACCGGAGGGUUAUGUUUUUCUCGGGAAGCCUCAAGAGGCUAUCAAUUUGUUUCUGGCGGUGGCGGAGGAGGAGUUGAGGAAGGCUGUUAAGGUGGCCACGGCGGAUAUCGGCCUGAAAGUCAGUUGUCUGGUGGUCGAUGCUUUUUUUUGGUUCUCCGGUGACAUGGCGGAGGAGAUGAACAUUCCUUGGGUGGCGUUUUGGACCGCCGGAGCUUGCUCACUCUCUGCACAUUUUUAUACUGAUCUCAUUAGGUCAAAAAGUUCUGAACUACUCAAAGGUUCAUCAGCAGUGCCUAAUGAGGACGAAAUCGUCGACUUCGUUCCCGGUUUCCCGGGGAUUCGACUAUCCGAUUUACCAAGUGGAGUCUUAUUCGGAAACCUCGAAUCACCAUUCUCAACCACGCUGCAUAAGAUGGGAAGAAACAUUUCCAGAGCCACUGCUGUUCCCAUAAACUCUUUCCAACAACUAGACCCGGAUCUCACCAGAAACCUCACUUCAGAACUCAAUAACUUCCUCAACAUUGGCCCAUUCAAUCUCAUAACAUCUAAACAAAACCCACCAUCCAAAGUUGAUGAAUUUUCUUGCAUUUCUUGGUUAGAGAGUCAAAAGCCAAGAUCAGUGGCCUACAUUUCCUUUGGCACAGUGUGCAGGCCUCUGCCUCACGAGCUAGUCGCAAUUGCUGAGGCACUCGAAGAGACUAAAACCCCGUUUCUUUGGUCAAUAAACAACGAUUCCAAGAAGCAUUUCCUCGAAGGGUUCUUGGAGAGAACAGCCGCGAAUGGAAGUGGGAAAGUCGUGCCAUGGGCACCACAGGUGCAAGUCUUGGAGCAUAUCGCGAUAGGGGUGUUUGUAACACACGGUGGAUGGAACUCGGUGUUGGAGAGUAUUGGAGCUGGCGUCCCGAUGAUAUGUAGGCCAUUUUUCGGGGACCAGCAGAUCAAUACUUGGAUGAUCGAGGAAGUUUGGGGGAUCGGGGUGAGAAUCGAAGGUGGGAGUUUCACGAAACGUGGAACUCGUUCUGCUUUGGAACAAGUCUUAUCGCUGGAUGGAUCGCGGACAAGGAUGAAUGAGAGGAUUGAACCGUUGAAAGAGCUUGCUCAUAUGGCUGUUGAGCCAAAUGGGAGUUCUGAUCAGGACUUUAAGACUUUGGUAGAUGUGGUUACCACGGCCGCAUAAAAAUCUAUUUAU